AUGGAGUACGCGCAGUACCAGCAGCCGUCACAUCUGCCCGGCCAGAUGCCCUCGCCCACCCAGUCCCAGAUGCAGCACUCCCACUCCCAGCACCAGGCGUCGCCCAUCCCCCCGCAGCCUCACUACCAGCCCGGACAGCAGCAGCAGACACAGCAGCAGACACAGCAGGGCCAGAUGAACUUCCCCCAGUCCUACGCUCCCAUGGCCCAGUCCUACGGCAUAUCGCCCACCCAGGCCGCCGCCAUGGCCACCGCCGCGGCCACCGGACAGUUCUUCCCCUUGCACCAGGACUCGCCGCGCAUCCCCAUAAAGAACGAGCGGCCCAGGCAGUCGCCCCAGCCGGCACAGGCUCAGCCAGCACGACGCAUGUCCCAGCAGCUCAACACCGGCAGUCCACACUCCAUUCCCCGUCAGCCUCCCCAGCAGCAACCUCAACAGCAGCAACCACCCCAACAACAACAACCUCCACAACAACACCACGUCCAGCAGCCGUCCCCAGAACUGGCACCCCCUCCUGGACCUGCACCUGAAGAAUCACCGCUCUACGUCAACGCCAAACAGUUCCACCGCAUCCUCAAACGACGCGUCGCCCGCCAGAAGCUAGAAGAACAGCUCCGUCUCACUUCCAAGGGCCGCAAACCGUACCUGCAUGAAUCACGCCACAACCACGCCAUGCGCCGGCCGAGAGGGCCAGGCGGGCGUUUCCUCACCGCAGACGAAGUAGCAGCCAUGGAAAAGGCCCAGGGCGGCUCCAUCACCAACGAGAACGCUCCAAAGGACGCCGCUGCCGGACAGAAGCGCAAGUCGAUAGCAGAGAGCUCUCCGGCCAGCAAGAAAGUCAAGACAUCCCCCUUACGCAGCGGAGCAGGCACAGGAAACACCAAUCCCAAUCCCAACCCCUCAAAUCCCAACACCAGCCGAGCCCCCGCCCUAGGCGACGUAGGCAGCGACGAAGGCGACGACGCAGACGACGACGGCUGA